AUGCCGCUGCGCACGGUUACGACGGCGCCCUUCGUGGUGCGGCACAGCGUGAGCUAUCGGGACCACGGGGGCGCCUCCCUGCCGCCGCAGACUGCGGAUGGCGCCACAGCCUGCUGCGUCCCCAGCAGCGCCUGGGGGUCUCGCGCGCCCGGGCGCGGACCCGCCUCCGACGGCGGAGAGCGAGACUGGCUGUUCGUGGGCGAAGGCCGAGGCGGCUACGAGCGGGAGUACAAGUACGUGGGGGAGGGCCACGGGAGCUUCUCGAAGGCGGUUGACGAGCAUGGCGGGCUGGCGCGGCGCUGCUGCAAGUGCUGCAUCGCCUGCGUGCUGCUGGCCAUCGUGGCCACGCUGCUCUGGAUCUGGAUGGACCCUGACUUGAGGUGGCCAGCGCAGUUCCGUGGGGACCACAGGAAACCUGGUGCCUCUGGUCAUCCGGCCACAGUGCGACCGAUAGCCACUUCCGCCACUUCCACCUCGACCACGCCAGACCCGGCCGCGCGCUGCCUGACCCUGUGCAGCUUCGACAAUGUGACCGCCACCUGCCGGGCCCGCGUCCAGUGGGCGGCCGACCACCUCUUCGGCGAGGCCGCAGACAGCUGCGCUCCAGCCUACUCCCUCGUCAUGGGCCACUGCGCGUCGUGCAGGGAGUCCGGCUGCGCGCCAGCAGGUGCUGGCUGCGCUCCCAGGCCGACUGCACCUCCCAGACCGAGUGCGCCUCGGCCGGAGGGCGCCUCGGCGCCCUACGACUGCGGCGCGGAGCCUGGGGACGGACUGGCGGGCUGGUCGGAGGCCAAGCAGGCGUGGUGCUGCGCCCACGAGCACAGCCAUUGCCUGGGCACGGCCGCCCGCACAGAGGCCGCGUGCCAGGAGCAGUGCCGGCUGGGCCCGGUGCCCGGCACCUGCGGCAGCCACGUCCGGCGGCUCGCCCGCGGGCCCCUCGCGGGCCAGAGGAGCCCGUGCGCCCUCGGGCUGGGGCUGGUGCUGCGCAGCUGCCCGCAGACCCGCUGGUCUCUGGAGCAGCAGCAGUGGUGCUGCAGCCAGCACUCCCGCGCGUGCAGGGACGAGGGCGGCCACGCUGUCGACUGCGGCCAAGGCCCCAUCGCCCGUUGGUCCCCGCGCAAAAGGGCGCUGUGCUGCAGGCAGGAGCGCGUGGGCUGCCCUGGCAGCGAGCAGCGCGGGGUCCAGGGCUCCGACGGCCCGAGGUGGCUCCUGCAGGCAAGCGCUGCCUCUGAGGGCUAG